GAAAUUCCCCCUCCCCAACACAGGGGAAAAAAAAAAAAAAAAGCUUAGCCAUGAUGGACGAGGAGAAAGAGGAGACGAUUCGGCCUGAAAUCCCAACCGGCCGGGUCAAGAAGAUCAUGAAGCUCGAUAAGGACAUCAAGAAGGUAAACGCAGAAGCUCUAUUUCUCAUCUCGUGCUCCACGGAGCUCUUUCUCAGAUUCCUCGCCGAGAGGUCUGCGGAGGUUGCGAUCGAGAAGAAGCGCAAGAUCGUCAAGCUUGAACACAUAAGGGCGGCCGUCAAGAGGCACCAACCUACCAGCGAUUUCCUCCUCGAUUCACUUCCUCUGCCUACUCAGCGGUCCGAUAACCAACCAUCAGAUCGGAACCACUCUCGCAAUGUUGCUGAAAAGCUGGUCCCGGUCGGAACUCGCCGGAUCGAUGAUUUCUUUAGCAAGUCAGAAAAUGAAAAUGAAGCCCCAAUGGAGAUCAACGAGUCUUAGGUCUCGUUUCCUUGUGAGCCUUGAACUGAUGGUGUGAAUUUCAGCUGAUUAUGAUUAGAGUUUGCUUGAUUUGAUAGUUUUGGUUGUAAUGGAAAUAUUAACGCUAGUGUUCGUAAGAUGUCAUAAUUCUAAUGGCCCUGCUACAUUUAUCAAUUUUUAGUUUUGGAAUUAUUCUGGUGAA